CCAACUGCAAGAAGCUCAUUCCCAGAUCUCACAGCUCGAAAUGAGACUUGAAUCUAGUGAGGAAGAGCUGGAAGCCAUGUGUCGAGCAAAGGCAGCUGUUGAGAAGCGACUCGAACAUACGCAUGCCGAUAAUGCGCGUCUGGAGGACGAGCUUAGACUUGCUCGACAAAGCAAUGAAACUAUCAAAAUUCGACUCGACAACACAGUGGAUUUGAACAGCGAGUUGAAGGAGAACCUCACUGCAGCUCGCUCAGAGACGGAUAAGGCAAACAUUCAAAAUGGUAAACUUACAUCACAACUAAGGGAAGCCGAAAGAGAACUAGAAAAACUUCGGCAGCUCAAGGGUGAUGUAGAAACGAGGCUGAGCAAAGCCUUGGAGGUCUCAGCAAGUAUGGAACAAAACCUUUCUUCGACUCGCUCCCGCCUUGAUGAGCUUGAAUCGCAAAACUCUUCUCUCAACACCGAGCUUGCCAAUGCUAGGACAGAGCUAGAUGCUGUGCGACAAGCGAGAGCAGAGUUGGAAGCUAAAUUCGAGGGGUCUGAACGCCACAACGAAUCCCUCCAAGAGGAUUUAUCUGGCAUGCAUUCACGGGUAGCUGAACUCGAAGCCAGCUGUGCCAACUUGGCUUCUCAAAUGUUGGCAAGUGAUCAAGAGUUAAAUAGCCUGAGACUGGAACAUGCCGAGCUUGAGGAGUCCUCGCAAAGUACAUCCAGUCAAACUAAUGAGCUACAGCUUGAACUCCGCGCAGCUCAAAUGCGUCUCGAAAUUGCAGAGUCUGAGAGCUUAGAAGCAUUCAGCAAGCUUCUCGAAGCCGACAAAGAACUUGUGUCACUUCGUGAUACGAACGUCAAACUUGAGGCUUUUGAAAGAGAACUCAACUCACGUCUUGCUUCAGCGGAAGAAGAAUUGAAGAAUGCGCGCCAGACGAAUGCCGACCUGGAGGCUUUCCUUGAAAGUGUCGAGUCAGAUAUAGCCAAUGCCUAUUCCGCCGUCGAGGAUACUGAGAAGCGCUAUCUGGAGUUUGUGAAGGACUCUGAAGUUAAGCUUGAGGCUGCGAACAGUUCCAAGUCACGAUACAGGACUCGACUUUGCGAGAAGAACAGCGAGCUUGAGACUCUUACCAAAGAGAACUCUGAUCUACACCAACAGAUCGAUAGCCAAACCCAGGAAAUUGAUGCCUUGGAGAAGAGCAAAGAGGAGCUAGCGGAGGAGAUAUCGAAAAAGGAGAAGUACAUUAAAGAAAUUGGGUCAUCAGCCGAUGAGCGAAUGAGAUCAAUGAAUGCCGCGUACAACAGCCUCAAGAAGAAUUACGAACAAGAGCACCAACAAUUGGGAAGCGACCACGCAAACACAGUUCGCCUAGAAGCCGAACUGGCAAGAAAAACGACAGAACUCGACCAACUCCGCCAUGACCAAGAAACGCACACCACCUCCUUCGCAGCCCUCCAACAACAACUCGCCUCCCUCCAAGUUGACAAACAAACCUUCGAAUCCCUCAUCUCCACCCUUCAAGAAAAGCUAAAGCUCCUCGAGCUCCUCGAAGAAUGGUCCACAACCCCUGCUACCUCUCCUCACACCCCUCAUCCCGCCACCCACUCCACCGCCCCCUCCACCCCCAAAUCCUCCCACCCAACCCACACCAGCACCCCAAACACCAGCCCGCGCCCCGAAACCCGCGCAAGUACCCUAUCCCGCGACCCCGACGACCUGUGGGCCCACCAAGUUGAGCAGGCCCGCCUCCAACGCAGCGAAACAGCACUCCAACUGCGCGGCUUGAAGACGUCGCAACACCAUCUCAAGAAGACGCUGCGGAGUACGGAUAAGGAGUUGAAUCGGCUGGAGAGGGAGAAGAGUAAGCGAAUUCCGAAUUUACUGAGGAAGAGGAGUAGGCCGUUUAGUGCGAAUGCGGCUGCAUGGAGCGAUGGGGAGGGGAUGGGGGAGAAGGAGGGGAAGGAGAAGAAGAGGAUAUCGCAUGGUUUAGGCCUUUUGACACGGCGGAGUACCCACUUUGGGAAAGGAGAGAGUGAGGAGCAUGGGAAGAGACCUGUUGGACGGAGGGUGGUUAGUGUGGGGGACGAGCUAGGUGGUGGUGCGAGGGGGAAGGGGAAGGAGGGGAGGAGGUGGAGUGUUGGGCUUAGGGGAUUGUUUCAUCGGGAUGCGUAGGAUAGGUUCCUUUCUUUCUUUCUUUCUUCUUUCUUUCUUUUGGUUUAAGGACGGGUUGGUUAGAUGGGAAACUCGAGCUCGCGCUCGGAGGGUUACAGUGAUAUCCAGGGUCAUCGGGCGUUUGUGAUUUUCUUCUUCUUCUUCUUCUUCUUCUUCUUGGGAAUGUAAGAGUAGGGAUGUUGUGUUUGUAGUGUGUGAGUGGAGAUGCGGAGCUAGUGGGGUUGGAUACCUGGUAUGCUGUUUACCCACUUGCUUGAUUAAUUGGUAGAGCUAGAUAGGAUUGGAUAGCGAGGAAUGUGUAAGACGGUCUUUGUGGCUGUAACCAGAGUUAGGGGAUUUUAGUAUUCGUCACGUAAUUAAACACCAAGUCAGGCAGAUUCCUCGUAUUUUUGAAUAGCUCAACGAGGGCAGUGAAC